UGGAACGAAUAACAAUUUGAUUGUUUAUAUUGGCGGAGCUUUCAUGAAAGAAACUGAUUCGAAUUUUACCUCUGUAUUUGACAUUACGACACAAAUAUGGAGUAUACCAGUAACAUCUGGGAAUAUUACUUCUAGACAACGACUUUAUAUUCAUUGUAUUUCUUCAAGAAAUGGAAUAUAUGUUUAUGGAGGAAAUGAUAACGUAUUUAGUAUGCUUAAAUUAGAU